AAGUCUACUCCGCUUGCCCCGCCUGGGCUCAUUGCCUGCCUUUGCAGUUGCCUGAUUCCGGGAAAAGUUAGACGCCAUAUUGAACCGUGAGAACCCGGGAUAAACAUGAAGGACAGUAAAGGGUGGGAUGGGAAAUUACGCGUCGAGCGGCACGCAGUGCUCACCAAUCCGGAGGCGCUCGAAGAUCCCGAUCAUUCAGAUGAAGAUGCCCUUCCCGUGGAGGAGAUAGAAGCUGAUGAAGACUUGCUAGAGGGUGUAGACAGCGACAUUGAUGAUAUCGACCUUGUCCAUUCUCGAGUUACAUCGUUAAAGGCUCUCCGACUAGAGCGGUUUACUCACCUUGAGAAACUAUGCCUCCGCCAAAACCAAAUUCCACGCAUGUCAUUCCCGGACAAUCUCGGCCCAACUCUAAAGGACCUUGAUCUAUACGAUAACCUGAUUUCCCAUAUCAAAGGAUUGGACCAGCUUACGAACCUUACCAGCUUGGAUCUCAGCUUCAAUAACAUAAAACAUAUUAAGAAUCUAUCAAAAUUAGUCCAGUUAACGGAUUUAUAUUUUGUGCAAAACCGGAUACAGAAGAUCGAGGGACUGGAAGGAUUGACCAAGCUGAGAAAUUUAGAGCUUGGGGCGAAUAGAAUACGGGAAAUUGAGAACUUAGAUGACUUAACAUCAUUAGAAGAGCUAUGGCUUGGGAAAAACAAGAUCACUGAGAUAAAAAAUAUCUCACAUCUUUCUAACCUGAAGAUCCUCUCUCUCCCUUCUAAUCGACUCACCAGUCUCUCGGGAUUGUCGGGCCUAACAAACCUUGAGGAGCUAUAUGUUUCACACAAUGCAAUUACGCACAUUUCGGGCCUUGAGUCUCUCAAUAAUCUCCACGUCCUUGACAUUUCGAAUAAUCAAAUAUCCACUCUUGAAAACAUUUCUCAUCUCUCCCAUAUCGAGGAGUUAUGGGCCUCCAAUAAUAAACUGGCCAGUUUCGACGAGGUUGAGCGGGAACUUCGAAAUAAGGAGGAGUUGAAAACCGUUUACUUUGAAGGUAACCCACUGCAGACGAGAGGCCCGGCAUUAUAUAGAAAUAAAGUGAGGUUGGCGCUACCACAGAUUCAGCAGAUUGAUGCAACAUAUGUUCGCGCAUCAUAAUCGGGCUGGUACUACGGUGUGCAGGAUACAAGAGUCAAGCCGAGCGGGACACUCUUGGCUUUUAUCCUAGCUAUAGUUACGGAAUGCGGAGCAUUGCAAGCCGGAGCUUUGUAACUACUGGACGUGGUAACUAGUUUGUUAACUCAAGGAGCAAUUAACGCACGAUUCCGUCGGG